UUCCAAAGACCAGAAUUGGAUGACCGACGUGUCGAGCGUCCCAUCAUGGCAUUGGCCUCGCUGUGGCCUUCCAAACGGAACCCACACGGAUCCAGGACUUCGCACGCAGAUCUUGACAUGGCUGGGGCGUGAGGAUUUCUUUGUGGACACCACUGUUCAGAAAGCGCGCUCUAGGGAGACCGGCCUCGCCGUCCUGCUUAAAGCAGCUCUCAUUUACUCUGAUUUCCAGCACAUAGCCGAUCAGAACUUUGACCACGGCGGUGUGCAGCAGUUGCGAACGUCUACGAUACUGGAGGUUGCUGGCGAGCUAGAAGGCGAGCUGACGCAGUGGGUGGCUGAGCAGGCCUCCCUUCUGGAGGCGCUGUUACCACAACAAGGCUUCUCCGACGAUGACGAAGAGGACGCAGAUCUACCCUAUCUCACAGUGCCAGAGUCUGCUCACCCUGAAGACGCCAAUCCAGUCCUACCUACGUCAAGACGCCGUCCGCUGGGAUCCGAGUCUCCUCCCCCCAGUCUACUCGCCGCGCCGUUCCAGGCCAUACAGCUCUCUCAGCUGUCUACCACGGAGACGGUGGGCCAGUUUAGGGCAGCGAUGAAUGCAGAGCCUCUGUCUGCUGCGCAGGUGUACAGUCGUCAGGGUUUGGAAAACAUCGCCGACGAACCGUUGCGUAGAGAGGCGAACCGACGCAUCCGGGGCGCGCGUAAGAAGGAUGGCGACCGACAAACUAGUUCAAUACGCAAGCCUGCCCACCAGCGGCAGCGGCCCGAUUUCCCUACGGCUGGUGACGACAUCCCCAGCGAUUCCAGCGGGCAUGGCCCGCCGCCUCCGAAGCGUCCUAAACGCCAUCAUCCCCAGCCUAAACGCAUCGGUCGGCCUGAGACUGCUGGUACCCAACCGCAAGAAAGGGGCCGGCAAAAGCGGAAGUCUGGUACUGCUUCCCGCGGGCGACGUGGCAGGAGGAAGGGGUCCAGCAGCCCGAAGCCUGCGCAGAUGCCCAAACCCGGCGCCUCCAGAAAGCGCGGUCGUCGAGCUUUGCCCGACUCUGACGCAGACGACGAAGCUCAGAUUGCCGACUCGAACACUUCCAGGCGGCAUGACGUCGUCGCGCCUCACGACUCAGAUCAGGAGAUGCCAACGCGUAUCAGCAAGUCGCUGGGUAAAGCGACAAGUGGACGCGCCCAACCAGUUCUAUUCAGCGCUGGUGCUUCGACUGCCAGCGCCCUCGAUACAGACGAACUCGACGCCGCCCGCUCUCCACGCCCAGUACGCAGGGGGCUGGAACUGGCCUUUAUUCAGGCGAAUCCCAUUGGAGUCCGGCUUCCAGAGCCUACGACGUUCGGAAGCCCCGGCCAAGCCGGCGCCCAACGUGUGUUGCGCUCACAGGCAGUGGCCGGGCCAAGCCAGACAAGGACGCGCCAGCGCCCAAAGGCGCGCCCAGUCGUGAAGAAAGUGCCUGCUUAA